AUUUUUUAAAGCACAUGGCGGAUUUAAUAUUGUUGAGUUUCCAUAUAUAAUUAAUUUUAAUAAUAAUUGUGAAUAAAGUCUGAAUUCGUAACAUAUUAAGAGAAAUAAAAUGCCGAAAUCAAAAAGGGAUAAGAAAAUAUCACUUACGAAGACAAGUAAAAAAGGUUUAGCGUUAAAGCAACAAAUAAUUGACGAUAUUCGACGAUGUGUCGAGAAAUUUUCGAGUGUAUAUAUGUUCUCAGUACAAAAUAUGCGAAACGAUAAACUUAAAGAUUUACGAAUCGAAUGGACAAACAGUAGAUUCUUUUUUGGUAAAAAUAAGAUAAUGGCUAUUGGUUUAGGACGAACACCUGAAACAGAAGUUGAAGAUAAAUUACACGAAUUAGCUGUGUGCUUACGCGGCCAAUGUGGCUUAUUAUUUACGGAUAAACCAAAAGAAUAUGUGAUUGAUUGGUUCAAGAAUUUUGAAGUUGAAGAUUUUGCUCGAUCAGGUUUUAAAGCAACAUAUGAUGUAAGUUUCCCCGAAGGUCCAUUACCACAAUUUUCGCAUGCAAUUGAACCGUAUUUACGACAGCUGGGUAUGCCAACUACUCUCGAUAAAGGUGUUGUGACGUUGUUAAAAGAUUUUGAAGUUUGUAAGAUGGGUUCGGUACUAACACCCGAGCGUGCUAAAAUUUUAGAAUUAUUUGAUAUUAAAAUGGCUGCGUUUAAGUUAAUUUUAAAGUGUGUAUGGAUCAAAGGUGUUGGAUUUGUGAAAUUAAAAAAAUCAGAUGAUAAUGACGAAGAUACAGACGAUGAAAUGGAGGCUGAAGAUGAUGAUGAGGAUUAAUUAUUUAAAUUGUUAAAAACAAAUUACUUUAAUUAUUUAAGUUU